AUGGUAAACUUGAUGCUGGUACUGCUUGCUUGCACGGGAUGCAAAGCUUACAUUGCCAACUGUAGGAUCAGAAAUCCUGAUCCUCCACUUCACAAGUAUCAUCAAUCAGGAGACCUCAUCAUUGGUGGCAUUACUUCUUAUGGUCUCCUUGUCUCUAGUCCAAUAGCCUUCACUGAAGAAACCCAAAAGGCAUUAUCAGAGGAACUUAUGGUAAUUCCUAAGCAUUUCCAGCACAUUGUGGCCUUGGAUUUUGCGGUAAAGGAAAUCAAUGAAAACCCUCAGAUCUUACCCAAUAUCACCUUGGGCUUCCACAUCUAUGAUAGCUAUGACAAUGCAAGGAAGACCUAUCAUGCCACAAUGCUACUGUUGACUAUGCUGGAAAACGUUGUUCCUAACUAUGUAUGUGAUAUCCAGAGUACACUAACAGCAGUUAUUGGGGGACUGGAUUCUGAAAUCUCCUUAUAUGUGGCAAAUAUCUUGGAUACCUAUAAGACUCCACAGCUCAUCUAUGGCCCUGCUCCCAUGAUGAACACUAAAACCCCAGGCCUUCCCUUCUACCAGUUGGUUCCUCAUGAAGCUCUUCAGUAUGAGGGGAUCCUCUCUUUGCUUCUCCAUUUCAGAUGGAUGUGGAUUGGGAUUGUUGUUAUGGAUAACGAUAAUGGAGAAAGAUUUCUACAAGUGGUAAUUCCAUUGUUUUCUAAGUGGGGUGUCUGUUUUGCCUUCAUAGAAAGAGUCCCCAAAUUAAGUUUUGACACUAAAAUUAAUGAUGCAUUUGUACAGGGGGCACAAAUACAUGAUAAUGUGAUGGGCAGCAAAGCUAAUGUAGUGGUAGCCCAUGGAGAAUCUUAUUCCGCUGCAUUUCUUCUCUGGUCUCCAUAUCUAUCAGAACAAGAGGGUAUCGUAAAAGAAGUCAAAGGAAAAGUAUGGAUAAUAACAGCUCAGAUAGAAUUUACUUUACUUGUUCUACAAAGGAAUUGGGAUACAGAAAUAUUCCAUGGUGCUAUAUCCUUCAGAAUCCACUCCACUAACCUACCAGGAUUUCAGCAGUUUCUUGAGAGCCGAAACCUGUUUAGCUGUAAAGAAGAUGGUUUUAUCAAGGAUUUCUGGCAACAGGCCUUUGGCUGUGUAUUCCCAAAUAGUAUUGUGGGCAGGGCAGAUGGGGACAUUUGCACAGGGGAAGAGAAGCUAGAGAGCCUUCCUGGAUCAUUCUUUGAAAUGAGCAUGACUGGACACAGCUAUAGCAUCUACAAUGCUGUCUAUGCAGUGGCCCAUGCCCUGCAUCAUGCCAUGUCCUCUUCUAGAGCUGCACACGGUGCCAUGAUGAAUGGAGUGGAAGCCAAACAUCAGAAUCUUCAAUUUGGGCAGCUCCAACCAUUUCUAAAAUGGAUCUCAUUUAACAACAGUGCAGGUGAUAAAGUUUCCUUCAACCAGAAUGGGGAGCUAGUUGCUGAAUUGGAUGUGACCAAUUGGAUUAUCUUCUCCAACCAUUCAUUUCAUAGGGUGCGAGUGGGGAGGAUGGAUCCUGAGGCUCCCCUGGGUCAAGCCUUCACCAUUGAUGAAGAGGCCAUAACAUGGCAUGGCUGGUUUAAUCAGUCUCAGCCUCUUUCUCAGUGUACUGCAAGUUGCCAACCUGGUUCUCACAAGAAAAUGAAGGAGGGGGAGCCAUUUUGCUGCUACAAUUGCAUCCCAUGUCCAGAAGGGAAGAUUUCAAACCAGGAGGAUGCAAAUGACUGUGUGAAAUGCUCAGCCAAAGACUAUCCAAGCAAAAAGCAAGAUUUCUGUAUUCCGAAGAGAAUAACUUUCUUACAUCAUGAAGAACCUUUAGGGCUCAGUUUAACUGCAUUUGCUCUUUCCUUUUCUUUUAUCACAGCUCUGGUGCUGGGGGCAUUUAUGAAGCACCACAAUACUCCCAUAGUCAUAGCCAAUAACAGGAACCUCACCUACACUCUCCUCAUCUCCCUCCUGCUCUGCUUCCUUUGCGCAUUGCUUUUUAUUGGCCAUCCUCAGAAAGUGACAUGUCUCCUCCGACAGACUGCCUUUGGCCUCAUCUUCUCAGUGGCUGUUUCAUGUGUGCUGGCAAAAACCAUCAUGGUAGUUCUGGCUUUCAUGGCCACCAGACCAGGAUCCAGGAUCAGGAAGUGGUUGGGGAAGGAGCUGGCCAGCUCCAUUGUGCUUUCCUGCUCCCUCAACCAAGUAGGCAUCUGUACUGGGUGGCUGGCAACCUCUGCCCCAUUCCCAGAUGAGGAUAUGCAUUCAGGGACUGAAGAAAUUGUGUUGGAAUGCAAUGACGGGUCCGUGAGUCUGUUUUACUGUGUCCUGGGCUACAUGGGCUUCCUGGCAAUGUUGAGCUUGACAGUAGCUUUCCUUGCCAGGAAGUUACCCGACAGUUUCAACGAAGCCAAGUUUAUCACUUUUAGCAUGUUGGUCUUUUGCAGUGUGUGGUUAUCCUUUGUUCCCACCUAUCUGAGCACCAAGGGAAAAUACAUGGUAGCCGUGGAGAUCUUUUCUAUCAUAGCCUCAAGUGCUGGGUUGCUGGGUUGUAUCUUUUUGCCUAAAUGUUACAUUAUUGUGUAUAGGCCUGAGCUGAACAACAGGGAACAGCUAAUCAGAAAGAAAUUCUGA